GUCGAGCUGAGUGCCUGAGUCAACCUAGCUACAAGUUCGCAAAGAUAAUUUGUUGUUCUGAUUGCAGAUGUACAUUGGCACUACUCGCAUCCGGUAUACUAUGGGAUCGGAAUGAUCGUCCCGUGUCUGGUGCUGGCCUUCGUUUUGCACGUGAAAUGUCUGGAGGAAAGCAACAAUUACAGGCAGUUUGUUCCGAAGCCCGUGAUAGGCGCGUACUUCGGCAGUAAUUCAUCGCUGAGGCGAGCAUUUUCUCUGGCAGUGCACACGGUGAACAGGUGCAUGUACGAUCGAGAAAUUUGCGAGACAAUGCACCCGACACCGGUCGGCAUCAACCAGCUCCUCUUCCACCAAGUCGAGUUUAGUGCGAUUGCCGUUGAAGCUGCCGACGACUUGAUUGAUCUUUACAAACAAUUUGGAGAGCUAGCGUGUGUCAGUAACGAAGGCGAUUUCAGCGGAGGUGAGUGCGACGGUCUGGCAGUCGUGGUGGGGCCGCACGCUCGCAUUCCCUCGCUCUACGUCCAAGGAGUUUGCGAGAUCCACGACAUUCCUCACGCGAUCAUCAGGCGAGAAUUGGAUUUCGAACACGAUUUCCAUCGGUCGUUGAAUUUUUACCCGGACACCGAGACCCUUGCAAAGGUGUACGUCGAAAUGAUUAGAAAGUUGAACUGGACGGAUUUUUCCAUACUGUACGAGAGAACUGAAAACCUGCUGGCACUGGACAACCUGCUGAAAAUGUACCCGAUAAAAAGCCACAAGAUUUACGCCUACAAGUUAGGCUCCGACCGGACGACUUUCAGCGAAACACUCCUGAAAGUCAAGGCUACGAAGCAGAAAUCCUUCCUCAUUGACUGCGGCUUCCGCAUACUAGGUGACGUACUGAAGCAGGCGCAGCAAGUAGGACUGAUGACGGAAUCCUUCAGAUACGUUGUGACAACCCUGGAUCUGCACGCGUUAAAUCUCCAUCCGUACCGCUACUCCGGCGUCAACAUAACUGGGCUGCAACUAGUCGACGUGGACAAUCCGACGCUGUGA